GAGCGUCGCUGUGUUUGCGGGACAGAGGCAGAGGAGGAUGAAACCUGCGGAGCCCGGGAUUCUCCGCUCUUUUCUGCGCUGUUUUUACGCCCGCAGAUAAAACCUAAAGCCCGGGACGCGAUGACAGCAGCGCGGGUAGUGUGUCCGCUCACCGCAGCCCCGCAAACCGCACGUUUGAGCGCGUCUCCUCUGUGCUAAAGCGCGGGUUUAUCAUGACAGGUAAACGGGAGUUAGCAUGCUAGCACGUUAGCUCCAGGUCUACUCACGCGCCGCCGGACUGUGACAGGUUCCUAAGAGGACAUGGGGAAACUACAGAGCAAGUUUCGCAAGAGAUCUGAUCUCUACAGGUCGUCCGAGGGGCAGAAGGACGACAGUGCCUUGGACAGUCAGGUGCAGCAGUAUGAACCUGCUCACCAGGGCUCCAUCAACGCUGUGGUGAGCCUGAGUCCAGAGGCCUGUGUGUCCGGGGGAAGUGACCAGGCUGUGGUGGUGUACGACUGGACCCAGGGCCGCAUGUGCCAGUCCCUCCACGGCCACACUCGGGAGGUCACCAAGGUGGUGUGUUACCCCGGCACCACGUGGAUCUUCAGCGCUUCUCGGGAUAAGGCAGUUUUUAUGUGGGACCUGAACCAGGGAUAUGAGCCCAUCCAGGAGUUCUGUGGACACGAGCUGGUGGUCAACGGCAUCGCCAUCAGCCCCGACGGGAGGAAACUGUGCAGCGGUUCCCGUGACAACUGGAUGUGUUUAUGGGACAUCGAAUCUGCCAAAUGUGAACAGCGCCACAACAUCUCCAGGAACCUGGUGACUCACGUGUGCUGGGUGCCCGGCAGCUCCACAAUAGCACAGACCUCUGAGGACAAGACCAUCAGGAUCUGGGACAGCCGGGUGUGGCAAGUGACCCACACGUUUCCAGCCAAACAGUACAUCCAGACUCACUGUGACGUGUCUGUUAACGGACACUACCUGGUGUCCAGCAGCAACGGCUUCGGAGGACAGGGCUGUGAAGCCACGCUGUGGGACCUGCGUCAGCCCGGCUGUAAAGUGGUGGAGUACAGGGGCCACCUCCAAACCACCGCCUGCUGCGUGUUCCUUCCUUCCAACACCGGGGGGAGCCCUCUGGUGGCAACGUCCUCUCACGACAGCUCCGUCAAGAUCUGGGACCAGAACACUGCAGCCUGUCUGGGGACCCUCUCUCUGGACGGAGCGGGCCCUCUGGUGUCCCUAGCGCCCAGUGACCCGGUCAAUCUGAUCUGUGCCAGUUUCAACUCAGGUCUGCACCACCUCCAGCUGUGCCAUGGCUCGCCCCAGGCCCAGAGCUCGGGGGCAUCGGGGGCGGUGGACAUCAGGCUGGUGGCUCGGUUUUAAUGAGACUUUUAUUGGACGAGGUAGAAGUCAACAAAAUCUUGAAAUGCGAUCAUAGCAAAAAUCUACAAGUUUACAUGCAAUAAGAAUAUUUGAUCUUAAUUUGAGAAGCUUUCACUCGUUAUGUAAAAAACGUACCAAUGCAAAAUAAAAGUGCCCCCUCUACAGUACAUAAGGGUUAAAGCGCAUAUGACAGACGACUACUGUCACUACACACUGAACUCACUCUGCAAUUUUCCCUGUUAAAGACAUAGCACCUCAGCACUACUUCCUGUAUUUUUCUACUUCUCAACUCUCUCCUAAAACUUAAAAAAAACUGAUGUAAAACUAUGAUAAAUAUUUAGCACAUGUGCUAUUCAUCAAACCAAGUCAGAAUUUAAAAACAUGAACACCUGUCAAAUGCACUUUAAACUCAGUGUGGGACGUCAUUUUUCGUCCAAAAAAGACAGUAAAUUGUUUUGUUUCCCUCAUUUUAAAGUAGCACUAUGUAACUUUACGGGUGGAUAUAUGUAUCUCCAAUAAGGUGACGCCACCAGGCCACUACAGCUCAGAUCUAUGGAGAGGCUUGACCAUUAACAUGUCAUGUUUUUAUUUGUAUUUUUGAGCAGUAAACUCACCCAAAAAAUUUUAUGCUAGGUAGAUACGCUAAAGUCACACUGUGAAACAUUUAUUUAUAUUUUAUGAUAUUUUAAAAGUGCAUACAAUGUAUUUUUCAAAGCUUCUCAAAUCAAGUCAUUUCAUCUCAUUAUUGAACGUCUCUCUGGUGGUUUCACUUCGGCAGAGUUUUCCUCACAUAAAACUGUCACUGCCACUGCACUGAGAGCAGCUGAAUGUAGGACCCUGUGACUGUGAGGAGCAGAGCACCUGUGGAGCACCUGUGGAGCACCUGUGGAACACCUGUGAUACACCUGUGGUACUCUCUUGUGAUACACCUGUGGUACUCACUAUAAACAGGUUUAAACUGUAGAAUCAUUUAAGCUGCACUUUGUGAGAAUCAAUGUUUUACUGAGAAUGUAGUUUACGAGUUAUUCAGGACAUUUCACAAAAAUAUCACCGUUUAAUCCUCGAUCAUUUGUAGAUAUAUUUUUAUAGAAUUGAUUCAUUUUGUACUUUUGCUCAUGCUGGUUUCAAAGUUACUAUGCAAUAAAAUGACCACAGUAAUUACUUUUUAAUAAAAUGUCCAAAUA